AUGACAACGCUGAUUUCAAUUCUAAGACUGAAGUGGAAACCUCCUUCCGAGAACUCUAUCGAUUUCAAGCUCGUGUUGCAGUUCCCUCCAUUGAAAAGUACUCCAUCAAAGCCAGACUAUCAUGCGAAACCAUUCUUCGCUCUGUAUGUGUACUGUGGCGAUGAACAGGGACGACCAAAUUGUCCCGCCCACUGCACCUACUCGCUCUGCACUCUCCCAUGUCCCACCAGCACUCAGUACCUCUUGCCACCAUUGCACACAGACUGCGUGUUUUUCACGCUAGCGCCUAUACUUAGCACCCUCUACAUACCCCUGAGUCAUUCUUUAUUCUUUUACUUAUGA